AGAGCUUAGCAGAGCUUGGCGUUUGCCGACUCCAAAAUGUCCUUGUUUUCCUCCGCGCUCCCUCACCCCCGGUAACCCGUCAACUGGGGUCUGCUCUCGUGCGCCACUUGGCUUCUUCUCAUCCCUGUCUCGUGCGGACGUGUUUCGCGUUUUUUUGUCUCCUCUGCCGCAGCAUCCUCCUCCUCCUCACCAUCAUCAUCAUCAUCCUCUUCAUCAUCACCUGCUGCCGCCGCCGCUGCCGCCAAAGGACUCGGAGUGAACAGGCGCGCCUGGGAAUCAACGUUUUUUUUAAGGAACUUCGACGAUUUCGACAAACACGACGCCGGAGUCAACACUGCAACGUUGUCCAUCUCCCACCUGAGCAGAACUAUUAACAGGUCGCCCUGGUUCCGAGCCAGUGAGGAACCAAGAAAAACUGUUCCCCGGAGCAGGUGUAGAGGACGAGGUCAUGAGUUCCAGCGGCGCCGACGUCAAGGAGAACCGCAACUCCCACAACCGCCGCUUCUCCAAAGACGGUGGCGGUGUUGGGGGUGCAGCAGGGGGGGCGGGGCCUGAUGGCGCCCUGCUGCCCAAUGGGAAGCCCACCGGGGGCGGAGUCAACAGCAAGAAGCGCCCCCUGGAGGAAGGGAACAACGCCAGCUCCAAGUACCGACCGAAGAAACGCAAGAAGGCGCCGGGGCCGGUGCUCCCAAAGAACGCAUUGAUGCAGCUGAACGAGAUCAAACCCGGGCUGCAGUACAAGCUGCUGUCCCAGACCGGUCCGGUCCACGCGCCCGUCUUCGUCCUCAGCGUGGAGGUCAAUGGCCAGCUGUUCGAGGGUGCCGGACCCACGAAGAAGAAGGCCAAGCUGAGCGCGGCCGAGCGGGCAUUGCGGAGCUUCGUCCAGUUCCCCAACGCGUCGGAGGCUCACCUGGCAAUGGGACGCACGCUGGCGGUGCACACAGACUUUACGUCGGACCACGCAGACUUCCCUGACAUGCUGUUCAAUGGGUUCGAGACCGCCGUCAUCGCCACGCCGACGGACGACCCCUUCCAGUUCCAGCUGCCACCGGCACCCGGAAUCAAUGGUUCCUUGGGCACCGAAUUCCUCUCCCCGGUUGCGAACGGACAGAUUCUGGUGGGUGUUGGCGUCGCCGGUUGCGGAGGAGGCGGAGUCACGGCGGCGGCCACGCCUGCCUUCGCUCCGCCCUCGAGCGCGAAGAACCCGGUGAUGAUCCUCAACGAGCUACGGCCGGGUCUGAAGUACGACUUUGUCUCUGAGAGCGGCGAGAGUCACGCCAAGAACUUUGUGAUGUCGGUGGCGGUCGACGCCCACAGCUUCCAGGGCUCCGCCCGGAACAAGAAGCUAGCCAAGGCACGCGCGGCGGCGGCAGCCCUAGCGGCGCUGUUCAACGUCCAGCUGGACCAGGCGCCGUCACGGCAACCGAUCCCCAGCGAGGGGCUGCAGCUGCACCUGCCCCAGGUCCUCGCGGACGCCGUGUCGCGUCUCGUCGUGGACAAGUUCAGCGAGCUGACGGACAGCUUCACCUCGCCCCACGCACGGCGGAAAGUUCUGGCCGGCGUCGUCAUGACGACAGGCGCGGAUGUGAAGGAGGCGCAGGUGAUCUGCGUUGCCACGGGAACCAAGUGCAUCAACGGCGAGUACAUGAGCGACCGCGGCCUCGCGCUGAACGACUGCCACGCUGAGAUCGUAGCACGCCGUUCCCUGGUGCGGUUCCUGUACGGACAGCUGGAGGCCCUGAUCAGCAGCAGUAGCCCGUCCCAGCAGGCGUCGGUGUUCUCCCGCUGCGACGCGGCCCCCGGCUUCAGGCUGAAGGAGCAGGUCCAGUUCCACCUCUACAUCAGCACCUCCCCCUGUGGAGACGCCCGUAUCUUCAGCCCCCACGAGACCAGCGUGGAGGACCAGGGGGACCGACACCCCAACAGGAAGGCCCGGGGCCAGCUGAGGACCAAGAUAGAGUCCGGGGAGGGCACCAUCCCGGUCCGGACCAGCAACACCAUCCAGACCUGGGACGGGGUGCUGCAGGGGGAACGCCUGCUCACUAUGUCCUGCAGCGACAAGAUCGCCAGGUGGAACGUGGUGGGCUUCCAGGGCUCCCUCAUGAGCUACUUCACGGAGCCGCUGUACUUCUCCAGCCUGAUCCUGGGCAGCCUGUACCACGCGGACCACCUCUCCAGGGCCAUGUACCAGAGGAUCACCGACAUAGAGGACCUGCCCAGCCCCUUCGCCCUGAACCGGCCUCUGCUCAGCGGGAUCAGCAACGCGGAGGCCCGUCAGCCGGGCAAAGCCCCCAACUUUAGCAUCAACUGGACGCUGGGCGACCAGGGGCUGGAGGUGAUCAAUGCCACCACAGGGAAGGACGACUUGGGCCGGCCCUCACGCCUCUGUAAACACGCCCUCUACGGACGCUGGGUCAACCUGACCGCCAAGCUCUCCACUGCGCUGCGGAUCCGGACGAGCACGCCAGCCACGUACCAUGACAGCAAGCAGGCGGCCAGCGAGUACCAGGCGGCCAAGCAGGCGCUUACCAAGGCCUUCCACAAGGCCGGGCUCGGCGCCUGGGUCAAGAAGCCCACCGAGCAGGACCAGUUCACCCUCGUCACCUAAGCCAACCGCCCAGACUCUGCACUACGGAGCUCCAGACUACGAACUUUAAAGAUUUAUUUUUGCAUUUUUUAUGCUUUAUGAUAGAGUGAGAUCGAGAAGAAGGUAUGGAAGAUGCAAAAAAUGACUACGGGCAGGAUUGGAACCUGUGUUGCUGUGUUCGGGACUGAGGCUAAAUUGGAAUACUGAGAGACUACUAACUUUAAAGAUUUAUUUUUGCAUUUUUAUGCUUUAUGAUAGAGUGAGAUCGAGAGGGAGUUGUGGGAGAUAGAGGAGAGGAAAUGCAGCAAAGGACCACAACGAUUGGAACCCGGGUCUCUGCAUUCAGGACUGAGCCGUUAUGGUACGCGCUCUACCUGCUGAGCCACCGGGGUCCCCAAGAAACUACUGACUUUACGUCAUUGUGUCGUCGCACAGCUCGUCAUGUCCAAUCCAACUACCGAUUUCUCUUGGACUACCGAUUCAUCGGGAGAUUACCGAUUUAUCUGGGACUACCGAUUUAUCCGGGACUACCGUUUUCUCUGGGAAUUUACGAUUUCGGAAGUAAUUAAUAAUUGUGCUUUGGGAAAAAAUUACAGAAAGGGGGACGGAUGGUGAAGUCUCUGGUUGUGUGCGUCUGGGGUGUAGUUGAUGUGCAAAGUAUAAACUCUUGGCAGAUUUAAAGGUCCCAUGGCAUGAAAAUCUCACUUUAUGUGGUUUUGUAACACUGGGGGACCAUAGCUACAACUUGCGUUCGGUGUAAAACGAGCACUAGGUGUUCUGCUCGCCAUUGAAAAACUGAGGCUCAAGCGCGCUCAUUUUGAAUGUGGUCCCAUAUGUCGUCAUAAAGGAUCUAAGCUCUUCCCCUUUCUUUGCCUAGCCCGUCCAGAGAAUUUGGCCCGCCAAUGAGAAACGGCCGUGCGAGCGCCACAUGCGUGUGUGUGAUUAUACACACUGUGUUUGCUGUUGGUGUUAUGGCGCAUAACACGUCGGUUCUUUGACUUCUCUUGUAUUUCCACGAGACUGUAGUUGGGGUUAACUCAGCCAUGGUUGAGAAGGAAUUGGGGGAAAGGAAAUUUGGCUUUGACUCCCUGAAGUACGAACUGCGACCGGCCGCCGGUUUCCGCAAGGCACCACCGCCGCGAAGCACCACCGUCCGGCAGCGGGCAGCCGGCAGCAGGCAGCAGGCAGCAGGCAGCAGGCAGCGCGCGGUUUAGUCUACUUCAGAUUGAUGUGGAAGUGGAAGAACCAGAGCCGACAAAGUCGUUUGUGAUUCAUAAUAUCGUCUGGAGGCGCACACAGCUUUUGGCCGUGAUAAUAUGUAUUAUAUGAUAUAGAUAUCUCAGCCAUGGUUGAGAAUGAAUUGGAGGAAAGGAACUUUAGCUUUUCCCUGAAGUACAUGAACCACGACAUGGAGGUGAAAGGGAUUGUUGCGAAUGUCUCCUGCUUGAGCCCUGCUUCCCGCUGCCAAGGGACCACCGCCUCGGUGCUGCAGAAGGCGGUGGUGCCUAAGCGCUGAACGCUCCCUCGGCAGCGAGGCUCCGGCAGGAGACAACCACGGUCAACAAUCGCGGGCAAUAAUCCCUUUCUCCUCCAUGUCGUCGUUCAGCCUACUUCAGAUUGAUGUGGACGUGGAAGAACCAGAGACGUCCGAGAACCCGACGCGGUGCGACUGGCUCGUAGUAGCUGUAAUUCUGCACCACGGCAGAAUUUCGGGAACGUCUUCAAAUACUGUGUUUGGGGCCUAUAUCUAUAUUAAAGCAUCCAUAAAGUAGCAUGCCAUGGGACAUUUAAUUAUUUUAUUGUUAUUUAGUCCUUUUUUUUGUUUUUCUUUCUUUGUUCUGUCCUGUUGUACUCACCUCCCUGUUCCUUGGACAGCACUUGGUAUUUAAUGUGAAUCUAGAUUUGUAGACGUCAAUUAAUUAUGCAACUUUAUACGAACGAACGCAAGUGUACAUUCUAAAAUAUUUAUUGGGCGGCAGCGGGGGUUGAUGACAGACAGCGACAGUUCCCAUGUUGUCAAAGUUGAUCGGCACACAGGAUGGAGUGAGUACAGUCAUUGCGCACGUACAAAUGUACCCAAACUCCGAGGAAGAUCCGACAGGUUUGUGGUAAAGUCAGAUCUAAUUCCCUUCCUUAAUUUGGUCUGCUGCUCUUUUUCCGACCAUGAACCUCCUGUUGGCAUACGAUUAUAGAAUUUGCUCUGCCAUAAUAGUGACAAUAUCACAUUCAAACCGGUAAUGCAAUGCUGCAUCGGUAACAACACAAGGUUGUGCUUUCUUCAAAAUUUGUGCAAAAUGAUGAAAUUAUCCUGUGAUUGUCCAAGAACAGAGCCGUACCACUCACGUAUUUCCUGCUGCAAACGACCAAUAGCAUGACUACCUGCGUUUCGGAUCGGACGUGUGCAUCAUUGUCGUCGUCGAUCCCCCACCGUUAAAUGUCCUGUUUCCUGUUUUCUCUUUCCUCUUUCCUGGCCCUGUUGCACUAGUAUAAAGGUACCAGCAAACCCCUAUGCAAUGAAUUAACUGUUCUGAGCCUGUGAAAUUCAAAAUAGUAUUCCUUUUUAUUUAUUUUUUUAAAUUUUUCCCUUUUAGAAUUUAUUUUCUUUCCUUUCGAAGCAAAUAUCAUCCAUAUGCAGCCCGUGAACCACAGCAGAAAACCAAACCAAACUGUUGUCGACAUAUUUCCCCCCCCACACCCCCUACACUGUAUCGCUUUGCACCCAAAUUGAUCCACAAAUGUAUUUUUUAAAAACGCUUUUGUUGUUGUUUGUAAAUCCUCUCCCUUGUGCAUUUACUUCCGAAGAGAGAACUCGAUCAUUCUCACCAUCUCAUUAAUCUUCACCAAAGAUGAUGUCAGCAUCCGUGUGAGAGACAAAACCUUUUUUUUUUUAUAUAUAUAUAUAUAUAUAUAUAUAUAUAUAUACAUUCCAAUCAUUUUUAAUAUCCGCACAAAAUCUCUCAGUUUGCGUUGGGAUUUCGGAACAGCGGUUGUGUUUUAAUGUAUUUAUCUGUGGCCGUUUGGUGAUUGCGUGUUGGUGAAGUGUUGUGUGUUUUUUUUGUUAUCGUUCACUUAUUCGGGCCCCGGACUAAAACGCUCGAGAAUAAUAUCACAAAAUUCUGAAAACUGUGUUUUCCGUAGCACCGUCUCUUCACCUGAGUGAAGUUUUUUUGUUAAAGCUUCGUUUAAGUCGAUAUUUCUCUAAUGAUCUGCGUUCCUCUUUAAACGUUACCCUUUUAUAUAAACGUUUCAUUUUACACCUGUUGAAAGUCUAAACUGACCCUCCAGCCUCAAAUAUUUCUCAAAAUAAUUUGACCUCCACCUGUACAUAAUUAAUAAGAUGUAACCUUCUGUUUCCUUUUGAUGUAAAUCAACGUAAAUCUCACGAUAUAUCGAUCCUGAAGCUAUUUUGAAUGUCUUCUCUUUGUUGUCUUGGGGAUGAUGUUGCGUGAACAAAUGUGUGUGUGUGUGUUGGUCAUGUUUGUUGGUCACGGGUUUGCAAGGGUAGGGCAGCCCUACUGCGUUUUAAGCAGCGACGAGGUAGAACAGUUUUAAUCAGUUGGACUUCCACUUAAGCUGGGGUGAAUGACUUGGGGUGGAGAUAUAGGUGGCUGGGAGGGCGUUCUUGUCAUUUCUAUGCUUAUCUCAGGAUUGAUCCCCACCUGGAACGUGUAGGCUUUUUUGGUACAAAUAUCAGAGUAGUUGGGUCCUUGUCCCCGCCACACCCCUCAUCGGAAUAGGGCCUCUUUUGCUUACAAUCGAUACUUUAAUCACGCUGAAAGGUAAAGAGAUGUAGGCUACCGGAAUAAUCUGAUAUUUUUGUUAUGUUGUAACUGAAGCUCCAGGUCUGAAACAUUUGCUAAAGAGUUAGCCGGGGACAAAGCUAAGCUAAGCAUCUCAAUGGCAAGACUACAAGACGGUAGAGGGGGGGGGGGGGCUGACGGAGUUCGGAGACAUCUUGAGUACGAGCCGCCGGCUGGUACGCCUUGCGGUUGAGUCGCCAUCAUCCCCCCCCCCCCCCCCCCCUCCCCAAGGUCCGUGAACACAUGGAGCACGCUGCAUGAGCCGUCACUGUAAAGCAUGUAAAAAAAAAAAAAAUGCAUUCAAUAAACACAAAAUGACUGACAUGAAAAAAAUACAAAAUAAUAAA